AUGGCAGAAUCCCACCUGCAAUCAUCUCUGAUCACAGCCUCACAGUUUUUUGAGAUCUGGCUUCAUUUCGACGCUGACGGAAGUGGUUACCUGGAAGGAAAGGAGCUUCAGAACCUGAUCCAGGAGCUUCAGCAGGCGCGGAAGAAGGCUGGUUUGGAGUUAUCACCUGAGAUGAAAACUUUUGUGGAUCAGUAUGGACAAAGAGAUGAUGGAAAAAUAGGAAUUGUAGAGCUGGCCCACGUGUUACCCACAGAAGAAAACUUCCUGCUGCUUUUCCGGUGCCAGCAGCUGAAGUCUUGCGAGGAGUUCAUGAAGACAUGGAGGAAAUAUGAUACUGAUCACAGCGGCUUCAUAGAAACGGAGGAGCUGAAGAACUUUCUAAAGGACUUGCUGGAAAAAGCAAACAAGACUGUUGAUGAUACAAAACUAGCUGAGUAUACAGACCUAAUGCUGAAAUUGUUUGAUUCAAAUAAUGAUGGGAAGCUGGAAUUAACUGAGAUGGCCAGAUUACUACCAGUGCAGGAGAAUUUUCUUCUUAAAUUUCAGGGAGUCAAAAUGUGUGGGAAAGAGUUCAAUAAAGCUUUUGAGUUAUACGAUCAGGAUGGCAAUGGAUACAUAGAUGAAAAUGAACUGGAUGCUUUACUGAAGGAUCUGUGUGAGAAAAAUAAACAGGAUCUGGAUAUUAAUAAUAUUCCAACAUACAAGAAAAGUAUAAUGGCUUUAUCGGAUGGAGGGAAGCUAUACCGAACGGAUCUGGCUCUCAUUCUCUCUGCUGGUGACAACUAG